UUGCCAUGGUUAAUUUUAGUCUAGGAACUAACGCUGUACAAAUUUGAGCUAAUACAUUCGCGGGUGUUGCUCGAUCUCUUUCUCCUCAUCUGAUAGCUUCUGCACGCGUCUGAAGUUAAUCUGCGCAAUUCAUGUCCUAUAAAAGGUUUGUCGUCAGUCUCAUGGUCUUAGGAACCGGUGUGCUGAUCUAUUUAACACACACCCAUCUACUAACAAAUUGGUUGAACCUCGAGGAAGUGAACCAAAAUAAGGAUGCUGUUCAAAACAAAACAAGUGUAGACCUUAGGGAAGAACCAAACAAAAACCCUGCUGAGGAGAAACUAGAACCUUUUCAGAAGGAACCAGGAAUGUACCAUGUUGCUUACCCCCGAAAUUACAAAUUCAUCAUCGACCAGCAACAUAUAUGUGAACAGAAAAAACCUUUCAUGGUGGUUAUUGUCCCAGUUCCCCCUAAUAACAUGGAGGUUCGCAAUGCCAUCAGAAAAACAUGGGGUGGAGAAACGUUUUUCGGCGACAAGGUGGUCCUGGUUCUGUUUCUCCUGGGCUCACGGAGUGGAACAGAUGAAGAGACUUUGCAGGAUCAACUCCAGAAAGAAAACCAGCAGUACCGAGACCUACUGCAGAGUAACUUCCACGAUACCUAUAGGAAUUUAACCAUUAAAACUAUGAUAAUGAUGGAAUGGCUGUUUACAAAGUGUCCUCAGGCAUCUUACGCCAUAAAGGUGGACGCAGACGUCCUCCUCAACAUAAAAAACCUCAUAGGCAUGCUUGUGAAUCUGAAAACACUGCAACGGAACUACAUGACAGGUCUAGUGUGGUAUCAAAGCUCUGUUAUAAGAGACCCGUCCAACAAAUUUUAUCUCCCUCAUGACGUAUUUGCAAAAGACACAUAUCCUCCGUAUCCUUUAGGGAUGUGUUACAUAUUUUCUACGGAUCUACCGGAGAAAUUUCUACAAGAAUCAAAGGAACUUGAACCUAUUUAUAUAGAAGAUGCAUAUCUUGGUUUGUGCCUGGAGCGUUUGGGUAUCGUCCCAACCAAACCACCAAAUAUUGACCAGUUUGUGGUCAAACCCCCGCAGCAGUACAAUCGCUGUUACUUUUCUGGACUUAUAGCGGUGAUGACAGAGAGCACAGAUCAGCUGGUGACAUAUUGGACAGAUAUGAACACUUCUAGCGCACCCUGCUGA